UCUUGACCAUGGUAAUUGUUAUUGUGCUACAACAUAUAUUUGAAUAUUUUCUAUGGUAUGGUUAACUGGUGGAGAUUCACCGGCGGAGAUGGAAGAGAAGAAUGGUGGUGGAUAUCUUGCCGUUGAAAGUGUUACUAGCUGUGAGGCCAAGUCUAUCAAGCCAGAACUAGAAGUGCAAGCUGUACCAAUCACAGAUCCUUGUGGGCCUUCUAUUGUGGAUGUGGAUUUGGAGGCUGUGGUUGUAAGGGAUCCUCUGCUGUUAAAGAAGAUUGGAGAUGCUACAGCUCUUCAAGUUAGAACUACUGGAAUUCAAUAUGCUUUCGCGCCAUAAUGCAUCAUAAUGAAAACCAUGACCUUAAAACAAUAUAAUGCAUCAUAAUUCUGAAAUCAAAUAAUAGAUGUAAAUGUUCUUAGAGUAAAAUUGAAUGCUUUACUGUUUAAUGAUACAUGUUAUACCAUUCAUUAGGUCUAUAUUAAAGUAUGAUUAAGUAUGAUCAAUACUGCAAAAGUAUGAUUAAGUGAUUGAAAAUUCGACAUGGUAUUUAAGUAUUGGUUCAUUAAUUAUACCAAGAAAUUGAUUGUAUCAUUUUGCCUUUCAUGAAGGUGAGAGUUCAGAUUCCUAUCAUGGGAGACCUAUGAUGAAGAUCUAUCUUAAUUAUAUAGUCUUAUGUUCUUUUGGCUGAAUUUUAUUCAUUUCUAGAACAAAUUGGUGGAAGUUAAUCUUUUAUAAAAUAGAUAGAAAAAUAAGUUAAGAAAAU